AUGGCCGUCAACACAAUCGAACGAUUUCAUGUUACGAUCCCUCUCUCAGUACAAUUCGAGUCCAAUGCCCAGGGUGUCCAUGUCGUAGGCGUAUCUAUGCCAGACGAACGCAUAUCUAUCACCGGUAUAGAUGAUCAGCCCUCAAUCACACAAACAAAUUUCGAGCCUGAUGACAAGGUAUGGCCAGAUGGACUGCAAGACCUAGGUCUCAUUGCGGCGAAUGAGUCUCUCGCUUGUCCGGAUUUCUCUCAUAUCGAGUAUUUCACACUACACGAAGAUCCUCUCAUCAUCUAUAUCCCCAAAUUUGUUUCUCCAGAUGAGAUUGCCCACUUGCUAGAGACUACGAAAGAAACCUUCACUCCAUCUGUGGUUUACCGACAGGGAGUAAGUAGCAGCGACGAGAACUUCCGAAAGUCAGAGAAUGCAUGGCCUCCACGGGACGAGGUUCUGCAAUGUAUCGAACAGAGGGCAAUCCGCUAUCAGAACUCACAGUCUAAGCUGUUGAUGGAACAACUGUCUCUCCAACUUUACCGCGAGAACGGUUUCUUUUCUUAUCACCAUGACCAGUUCGAUUCGCCACCCAAUCGUCUUAACCGCUAUUCCACCUACAAUGUCUUCUUGCAAGGCGACUGUACGGGCGGUGGCACCCACUUCCCUUUGAUCCCUCGACCGACAGAAAGUGCGUGGUGUAACUACAUCGACUGUGAAUCAACUCAACCAGGUGUUAUUUUCAAGCCAAUUGCCGGCAGCGCAGUCUACUGGGUCAAUAUCCGUGAGAAUGGACUCGGAUAUCGGGAAACACUUCAUGCGGGUAUGCCUGUAACCUCGGGGACUAAGAUUGGGAUGAACAUUUGGAGCUGGAAGGAUACGAGAGACGUUAACCAGGAAACUUUCCAUGUACAAUAA